AAAAACAAAACAACAACAACAACAACAAAAUGAGUAGUUGAGGUUGCAUUUUGUGAAGUAUUUCCAUGAUUUUGGUGAUGACUGUCUUAUAGAGAUAGACUGACCACCAGUGAAUGCAGACAGCUGUCCACUUUAAAGUUCACCAUCAGCUUCCCCAAGAGUCUUAGCAGGGGAGUCAUUGCUGCAGGUGCAUUAUUGUGCAGGGUGGCUGUGGAUGGUAAUCAUUAUUUCCUUUUUUCUUUUUUUUUUCCUGAUGUGUGUAUAUUUCUGCUCUAUCUCUCUGUGUGUAUCUUCCCGAAGAAUGCUAUAUCUGCUCCAGAGACAGUGUUCCUGUAUUUUAGUGAUCUUAGAGACCCCUCCUCAGUUUUCGUUUGUUUUAGGAUCACUGGGACUCAAACCCCAGAGCCCUGCACAUGCCAGGCAAGUGCUGCACCCUGAGCUGCACCCCAGCUCUUAAGUCCUUCUUUCCUGUAAACUGGGGUGAUCGAGUCUGUGAGUGUGGAGGAGCUUCUCCAUGCACUCUUACGGUGCUGUGUGCUGGUGGUCGAUGCUGAUGCAGGAGCCGUUUUUAUCUGGGGGGUAAUUCAGUUAGCGUGUGGGAGGCUCAGGGAUAAGUGUCCCACACUAAUGAUUGUCAUAGUGAAGCAACUUAGAUCUCUUGGAGAGGGGAGUGGAGAAGGUAAAAGUUCUCCGUAAUACGUUGUCUUUCCACAGGAAACUUGGGCUUGUAUUUGAAUAGCGUGAGCUUAGGGAAUGUGUGGGAGCAAUCAUCAGAGAAGAACAAACACAAAGAAAGCAGCACAAGCAGCAAUGCAGUGUGGAAGCUGUUCUGAAAUGGAGGUAGCAGUGUGAAGGAGCUGUGGAUGGGGCUGGAGCUGGUGGUGCCUCUAGACACGGGUGUUCACUGCUCAGGACCUGCUGGAAUUCGUCUCUAACAGAGGUUUCCUUGCUCUAGCAGGCUGGCCUGCUGUUCUACACACACUUACUUGUAGCGGCUUGAAGUCGAGGGAAGGGUUGCUAUUUUCCUCGAGUGAGUGAUGUAAUGCCUAGAUGGAACUGACAGUUGGUGGAUGGCUGGGAACCACUUUAAGACAUUUGCGAAUGAAUUUUACAUGUUCAAUACAUUGUUUGAUUUUGUCCAUUCAUUUUAUGUGUGAAUAACAUUUGUGAAGAUCCUGACCUCCCAUGCACACAGUUGACAGUUAAAUUUGAAAAGGCCAGUGUCAUCAUUCCCUGUCCCUUCAUUCAGGUUGGAGAGAAUAAAUCGAGCCAAGCCACCAGCCUGUUGUAGUGGGCAGUGUUAGGAACUUUCUCCAUCUUUGUUAUGCCCCUGGGAGCGACAGUGGCUGCAUAUUCACAGGGACAUAUUGUUGCAAUCAGAACGUGAGAUUUUCCAGCCUGCUCCUCAGAGAGCCACUGUUUCCUGCUGUGCUGUGUGCAGUACCUGCAUCUCUGUCCUGCUCACCUACACCCGCACACCUUCUCCUGAUGCAUGCGAUCUGGGCUUAACUUGUUUGUUGCUUUGUGAUGGAGACAAAGGAAGCUUUGGGUGUGCUCAUGUGACAGUUCCGUGAUCCAGGAGACCUUCAGAGUUCUUGUAUGACCCUUGAAUUACUAGGUGGUAACAGUACUUCUCACUUCCUUCACUGUGUGGGUUUAACUAGCCAGGCCUCCCAGGGACAGUGCUGAGGUCCUGUGCAGCCUAUCUCUUGAGCCUUUGUGAACUUAGCCCAAGGUAAGAACAGUGCAAUUGGUUACUUUUAGGGUCAACAUAAUCUAUGUCAGUGGUUCUCGACCUUCCUAAUGCUGCGGCCCUUUGAUACAGUUCCUCAUGUUGUGGUGACCCCCAGCCAUAAAAUUAUUUUUGUUGCUACUUCAUAACUGUAAUUUUGCUACUGUUAUGAAUUGUAAUGUAAAUAUUUGUCAUGCAGGAUACCUGCUAUAUGACCCCCGUGAAAGGGUCAUUCAACCCCUCCAAAGAUCACCACUGACAGGUUGAGAACUGCGGAUCUGUGCUUUGUUAGCUCACAUCUAACUUGAUGAUGUGACAGGAGUCCCCACUGAACUCCAUGACUGUUGUCCUUGUUCCCUGUUGGGAUUCUAUGUCACGUGACUUUUCUUUUUAGAGAUCUGCAUCCUCGAUUUUAUAGACUGGUACAGAAUCAUUCCCUGGUUUGGCAGAUAAAUAAAAUGCCCCGCCCCAGACUGUAGAAAUGAGAUUUGGUUGUCUGACUAGUUCUGAGUUCAUCUGUGGAAGGCUUACGAGUUAAUCUCAGUUGGGGCUCAUGUCUUCUCUCUAGUUGGCCAGACGUGGCGCCAUAUGCAUUUCCCUUCUCUUUCUGCUUUAAUGCAUUUAAAUGCAUGACCACAUCUGCAUUCUGAUUUAGUGUGACACAAGGUCAUACAUUAUUAGUGAUUUUAGUGGGGAAAGUCCUAUUUCAAAACCCCUCUGUGUUUGAUGUUAGUUCCUCUUUCCUGGGGACCAUUUCUGUGCUCUAAAUACUCUUGUGGGAAUCAUUGUUUUUCUUUUUCAAAAAAUGUCAUGUCAAGGAAACAUGUUAAUUGUGAAAGAAAGCUUACGGAUACAGAACAUAUUCUAGGAAGUUGUGUGUUAGCUGAAGGUGUUUUCAUGUGUAUUCUUUCUAAAAUAAAGGAACUCUGGGCCUGUUGUUGUUCAUGGUGCUACUGGUGAAGAAAUGUUUACUCUUUAAACAUGGAAAUAUACAAAACUCACGUGUAUUCUGUUGGGAUUCCCUUCCCCACUUAAAGAAGCGUGAACUCUGUCUCCUGCUGGAAGGCUGGAAUCCAGGCUGUGAUAACUGUGACUGACAUGUGGAGCUCACUCUCAUUCUACCGUGGCAUUCAUACCUUUCUGCAGUCUGAAUGGAUGUGUUGUGAUUAUUUCCCUUCUGUUCUUUAGGGAGCAUCAAUCCCUGUCUGCAUUUUAAGUUGAAAAACUAAAAACAUCCUGCAGACCAGUGCAGGGCUGGGUGAGGCCCUGAGCAGUGACUCUGGAAGGACAUGAAGAGGGAAGACAGUUAAACACCUUCUUUGGUUCCUGAGACAGUCGCACAGUAACCGAGGCUGAUCUGGGACUAAAGCGGUCCUUUGCCUCAGUGUCCUGAGUGCUGGGGUUACAAGUGUGUGUCAUCAUGCCCAGCCCUGGACAGCUCUGAGCUCAAAUUUGGCUAAUCUGCUAUUUGCUAUGAAGACAUGUCUAAGGAAAUGAGGACUCAGGCUUUGUAUGGGACUUUCAGCCAGGGUUGGUACAGUAGGCUCCACUAGACUUAGCUGCAGCUCAGAGUUUCUCCUCCAGCACCUGAGUAAAUGCUGAUGGUCUUGUGGACUAAGAGUGCGAUCUAAAUUCUCAAUCCCAAUUGAGAAGCGGAGGAAAUUUAAAACUGUCUCCUUCCAAGCUUACCACAACCACCACCAUCAAGACAGCAAACAAAGGACAAAGACUUUGAACCGCAGUGUUGCUCUGUGUAGUCCUGUUGACGUGUGCUUUACAGACUUGGCUGGGUUACUAAUAAGUAAAUAAGAAGUUGGACACUUCUUUCAUUCGGACAUUUUAUCCACAAGUUACCAGAAUGAGGGCUGUACUGGAGACGGCAGACAUUGCCAUAGUGGCCCUGUAUUUUGUCCUGGUCAUGUGCAUUGGUUUUUUUGCCAUGUGGAAAUCUAAUAGAAGCACUGUGAGUGGAUACUUCCUGGCCGGGCGCUCUAUGACCUGGGUAGCAAUUGGUGCCUCUCUGUUUGUGAGCAAUAUUGGGAGUGAGCACUUCAUUGGGCUGGCAGGAUCUGGAGCAGCGAGUGGAUUUGCAGUAGGCGCAUGGGAAUUCAAUGCCUUACUGCUUUUGCAACUUCUGGGAUGGGUUUUCAUCCCUAUUUACAUCCGGUCAGGGGUAUACACUAUGCCUGAAUACUUGUCCAAGAGAUUCGGUGGCCAUAGGAUUCAGGUCUAUUUUGCGGCCUUGUCUCUGCUUCUGUAUAUCUUCACCAAGCUCUCAGUGGACCUGUAUUCGGGGGCCCUCUUUAUCCAGGAGUCCUUGGGUUGGAACCUUUAUGUGUCUGUCAUCCUGCUCAUUGGCAUGACCGCUCUGCUGACUGUCACCGGAGGCCUUGUUGCAGUGAUCUACACAGACACCCUACAGGCUCUGCUCAUGAUUAUUGGGGCACUCACACUUAUGGUUAUUAGCAUGAUGAAGAUCGGAGGGUUUGAGGAAGUUAAGAGAAGGUACAUGUUGGCCUCACCCAACAUUACUUCCAUUUUGUUGACAUACAACCUUUCCAACACAAAUUCAUGUAACGUCCACCCUAAGGAGGAUGCCCUAAAAAUGCUGCGAGAUCCAACAGAUGAAGAUGUUCCAUGGCCUGGAUUCAUUCUUGGGCAGACCCCAGCCUCGGUAUGGUACUGGUGUGCUGACCAAGUCAUUGUGCAGAGGGUUCUAGCAGCCAAAAACAUUGCUCAUGCCAAAGGCUCUACACUAAUGGCUGGCUUCUUGAAGCUUCUACCAAUGUUUAUCAUAGUUGUACCAGGAAUGAUUUCUAGGAUACUGUUUGUUGAUAGCAUAGCCUGCAUCAACCCCGAGCACUGCAUGCAAGUGUGUGGAAGCAGAGCUGGGUGCUCCAAUAUUGCCUACCCACGCCUGGUGAUGGAGUUGGUUCCUGUGGGCCUUCGGGGCUUGAUGAUGGCAGUGAUGAUUGCUGCUCUGAUGAGCGACUUGGACUCCAUCUUUAACAGUGCCAGUACCAUAUUCACCCUCGAUGUAUACAAGCUUAUCCGCAAGAGUGCAAGCUCCCGGGAGCUAAUGAUAGUGGGCAGGAUAUUUGUGGCUUUUAUGGUUGUCAUCAGCAUAGCAUGGGUGCCAAUUAUUGUGGAGAUGCAAGGAGGCCAGAUGUACCUUUAUAUCCAGGAGGUGGCAGAUUAUCUGACCCCUCCAGUGGCAGCCCUCUUCCUUCUGGCAAUUUUCUGGAAACGUUGCAACGAGCAAGGGGCUUUCUAUGGUGGAAUGGCAGGCUUUGUUCUUGGAGCUGUCCGUUUGAUACUGGCUUUUACCUACCGUGCUCCUGAAUGUGACCAACCUGAUAACAGGCCAGGCUUCAUCAAAGACAUCCAUUAUAUGUAUGUGGCUACAGCAUUGUUUUGGAUCACAGGACUUAUAACUGUAAUUGUAAGUCUUCUCACACCGCCUCCCACCAAGGAUCAGAUUCGUACCACCACAUUUUGGUCAAAGAAGACCCUGGUAACAAAGGAGAGCUGCUGUCAGAAAGAUGAGCCAUACAAAAUGCAAGAGAAGAGCUUUCUACGGAGCAAUGAUAACAGUGAGGCUAUCAACCAUGUCAUUCCCAAUGGGAAGUCUGAAGACAGUAUUAAGGAACUUCAGCCUGAAGAUAUUAAUUUGUUGGUGACGUGCAGAGAAGAGGGCAAUCCAGUAGCUUCCAUGGGUCAUUCAGAGGCAGAAACACCAGUGGAUGCUUAUUCCAAUGGGCAAGCAGCUCUCAUGGGUGAGAAAGAGAGAGAGAAGGAAACAGAAAGCCGAAACCGGUAUUGGAAGUUCAUAGACUGGUUUUGUGGCUUUAAGAGUAAAAGCCUUAGCAAGAGAAGCCUCAGAGACCUGAUGGAUGAGGAGGCCGUUUGCUCACAGAUGCUGGAGGAGUCUCCGCAAGUCAAAGUCGUGUUAAACAUUGGACUUUUUGCUGUGUGUUUGCUUGGAAUUUUCAUGUUUGUUUAUUUCUCCUUAUGAACUUAAGAACAUGGUGAGGCACUUAACAAAAUACUGGUCUUUGAAAACAAAAAUGUAACUGUUGCAUCUCUCAGGCAUUGUUUACGCUGAAGGUUUUAGCCAAAUUUUUCUUAGCAGAAAAUCAUCUAUUUGCAAGACUAUUUUCCCAGAGAUGGAUGAAAUAAAUCUUCAACUUAAAUGAAACAAAACAGAAUGAAUUGUGCAAAAAAAAAAAAAAUUGUGGUUUUAGAGUUUUCCAUACCAAAGUGAGGAAAGACCAAUUCUUCUCACAGGUCACUUAGAGCAGAACUGUGUUAAGGUACCAUGAUAAAGUGUCUUGUCUGCAUUGCCAAGUCUUAGUAGACCUUGUGCUGAAGUAGAUUUGCUCAUUUGUAAGGUUUUUUGUCUCUAAUCCCUGCUAUGAUUAAAAAAUUGAAUUCGUAGAGAUUGUAUGAUUAGUUAUGUCCUGAAAGUCUAAUGUGUUGUAUAGUGAUUACUUCAGGACAACUUUGUUUGCUUGGCUGGUUUUGUUAGCAUGAGUCCAUGGAUUCUGCUUGCCAAAAGAAAGGAAGAAUAUUUUCCUAGAGGUAUUUUUGUACCCCUGUGUGUGGAAUGUUAGUGGCUUGGGCAGACUUUGUUUCAGUUCCCUCCCUCUGUUUUUCUUUCUAAACUGAACCAUAUGGAAUGACUACCAAGUCUGUAUUUUUUUUUAAUUGGGGGGGAAGUAAGUAUUGCUGAUGAUCCCCACAUUUAUUGAUGAGAUAAAGUGUUUUAAAAUAUAGUUUGGGAAUUAACUACCAUGCAAUGCUUGAUAAACGUAAUGCUAAGAAGAUGAUGAAUCAUCUUCUGCCUCUUUACUAGAUGCUUCCUUGUUAUUUUGUAUCAUUCCUUGUUAAUCAGCCAGAUGCCUUCCCCAUGGGUCCAGUUGUGAGAAACAUUCAGUGUCGCCACAGAAGUGGGCACAGCUUUUGUGUGCCGAGUUGUGGCCCUUGACUAGCUGUGAUACACUGAUGUGUUUAGAGGAAAAAUCAAAUCCUGACUCAUACUGCGUUCUCUGUAAGUUAGUUUCCUAGUUUUUGCCUUUCCUGAAGAUGUGCCGUGAGUGUACAUCUAUGCUGUUACAGUCAGCACACGCACACGCGCACGCGUCGUUACAAACUGGCCACUAGCCACAGAACUCUCCUCACCCUUGCUGUUGAUCAGCGUAGGGUUUCUGUGGGUGCCCAGCGUGGUCAUGCGCUCUUGUGGAGGACAUCACAGGACUCUGUACAGACCUUUACCUUUAUCCAAUCGCAGCAUCCACAGGCAGCGGAUCUUUAUUAUAGGCUGUUUCUCCCUAGUGAGGAUGGCACAGAAGAAGUUAGAGAAGAACUCUUAAGGAUGAUGUCUGUAGUCCUGUGUCUUCAACACUGCCUGUUCUCCAAGAGAGAUGGAGAAAACUAACUAUAUACCUACUUUCUUUAAGCUAAUAACUUUUUAAAUUAUAUAAUAAAUUUAUUAAGCCUUGUACUCAAGGACAAUUAUUACUUUUAUAGAUCAUUUUGUAGAUUUCAAAUCAAAGCUCAAUCCUGAUAACUAUUUUUUUUUUUUGGUAUUGCAUCAAUUUGCAAAUGAUGGACUUGAGCCCAAUAUUGACUUUAGGGAUCAUUGGGUACAUGCAGUCUUCCUGUCUUCAGGAGGGUUUCUGAUGGACUGAGCCUGUAGGUGGAAAAGGUGAUUUAUGUACGAAUAACAUGUAUUUCGAAAGAACUUAGAGUGCCUUGUACAAUUUUUCUCUCAAUUUCUACUUUGAGGUUUAUAACGGAGGGACCGAGUAGAUAGGGCUUCCUUGUCUUGAGUGAAUGGAGGUCGAGGCUGUGACACGCCCAAGGUCACGGGACCCUGUGGAAAGAUGAGAAAGCAGUUCUCCAGAUCUGGAUCAGAGUUUGCCCACAUGUAUUUGAAUGAAUGGUUUGUUCGUGGUUUGUGUCAGUCUUCUCUUAAAGAAUUUUCCACUUGAGAUAACCUUUCAGUCUGUGAAGACGUUCAUAGGAUCUUGGGUUGUCUGAAUUUGUAUCAAGUUGUAGGAGUUAGUAUUUCCUUUGAACACAUCCCUCUGCACUUAGCAAGAAUUAACCCCUUGGCUGAGUGGCCUUCCCAAUCCUCGUAUUUACAGUGUAAGAGAAUAGGUUGUUUAUGUGAAUCUCUCCCCUUUAUUUAGUCUUGAGUCCUAAUAAUUUGGAAUGCUAGAUCUUUUUACCCUCUUUUUGUUGUCUUAUAGUAAGAUACAUACAAUAUAUCAUGUGUCUGUGUAAAUAGCAGUAAGUCAGAUUUAGAGUUCUAUAUAAAUAAGAAAUGACUUAACAUAUCCACGAGGUGUUCAUUCUUACCAGUGUGAGCAUCGCUGCACUGACUCUGAAGUCCCUAGGGCUUGUCUUCCUUACUGCCUCCCACAUGGAUGCUGUGAUUGAGAAGGGUGUGAACUGGAAAAGGCAGCUUCAUUCCAGGAGACCAGGCUUCAGUCUAUAGGUUGUUGGAAUGACCUUGGAAUGAUAGAUGGUUGUUUCAGGCUAGCAAAGUGUCCGUCCUUCCCAUGGAUAUGAGUCCUAAAAGAUGGCGUGGGUCUGUUCAGACAUUUACACAUGUAUUUCUGCGCUUGUGCAAGCUAAGGUUCUGAAUUGACCAAGAUUGACACUGACUAAAAUGUGGCUAAAAGUAAAAAUGUAGAUGGGGCUGUUGGUCCACAAACGCAGGUGAGAAAUAGUUAUCCUCGGUGUGUGGGCUCAACUUGUCGAUGUUUUGUCUUCCCAGGCAGUUUGUGUCUGAGUCUGGAGCAGAGGGCUGUUGACAGUGGCCUGGAGAGUAACUGCUCACUCUGCUGUGGGACUUCAGGUCUCUUUCAUUUCUGAAGACUGUCCUGCCGGUCUCUUCUUCAGCUGUGCUUUCUAGGAAGUGAUUGCUUUUGGUUUUAGAGGAGCAUCAAGUAAUAACUCCUGUCCUUGACUCAGAUCCAGUGGGUCUCAUUUCCAGGGCUUCCUUCCCACUGGCUCCAAGGAUCCAUCAUUAUCUUGCACAGAGAGGGAGGCUGACCAGGGCUGUGUCUCCUUUCCUCUUAUAGAUGUCACUAUAAGAAGUUAGCAGAGACCCUUCACUUUGUGAAACUCCCAGUUAAGAAUGGAUCUCUGAGUUAAUUGAUUCUCUGAGCAUGGGGUUAAAAGCCUUGUCUGGGGGUGGUUAUGAAUCCUUAAAUUCCUACACUGGGACUCUUUCUUUAUCCCAAGUGCAUGAUCUUCUCAUCUCUUUGAAUGUCAUUUAGUUUGGAUGAGUCUUCUCCACCAAAUAAAUCAGCCUUGUUGCUACCCAUUGAGAGAUUAGGUCUUGUAUCUUCUCGUCUGACUGGUACUAUAGUACCAGUACUAAGAUUGCUUCAUUCCCUCGUAUCACACCUCAUGGGAGGUAUGUUUGGAAGGGGACCACAUAGGUAUCUGUUAGUGACAGCUCACCGUUCCCUAGGUGUGCACGAGACCGUUCAUUCCUGUUAAACCAUGUGGCUGCACAGCCUUGUUGGUGCACAGUUUUCUAAGAAGUGAUGAAAUCACCAGUGUUCCAGUAUUUUUAAAGUCAGGAAACAAUAGUGAGUUCUCAAAGGAGCCCCUUUGAGACGAUGGUGUCAUGUGAUGCAGAAAGGCUGGUUUUGCCAUUAAGGUGGUGAAGUUGGAAAUUAGCUGGUACAGAGAGAAACACUUGGACUGUUAUAUCCGAGGCUUCUCGUGAAGAUCACCUGUCACACUGUCUUAAACACCGUUGCUGCUCCGCUAGUGAGCUGAGGUUCUGUGUAAGAGUAUUGUUAGUGCCAAGUCCCACACUUAGUCAUGUGUUUUCAUUUAAAGUCCUCACUACUGACUGAUCUUUUAACAAUGUUGUGAAAUGGAUGCCAUUUGUGCUUCUGUCUAUACUCCUUUAUAACAGACAAGGUUCAGUGUGCGUGUAAGCCUCCCAUUUUCCUAACAACCAGUAGCAGUUGCCCUGUAGCCUUUGCUGAGAAACGGAGGAAAAGACAUAGUGUGUGUCAUUACUCAUCUCAUGCACUUUACUCUUUGGAUGGCCUGAUUCCUCUAAGUGCCCAGGAAGGCCGAGGAGUUCUGUCUGGCAUGUUGCCCCCCCCCCCCCAGGUAGCGUAUGUCUAAUGACUCCGCUAGGGAUUUUCUGGACAGCACAAGUUGAUAGUAUAUACCUAUAGCAUAAUUAGAUGUAUUUGCCCUAUUUUCCUAGGGCUGCUGACUUUAUAAAUUUAUAUGUAAAUAACACAUACAAAUUUAAUGUUCAGUGUAUUAGUGUGAAAGCAGAAUGUCAUUAGUAUCUCGUAUGUGCAUGUCUGUGUGUGUAAUUGGAAACAGAUGGGGCUUACUGAAAUCUUGGAAUGGCAGUUGCUAGUGUACAAGGUUUUCCACAGUAUAAUCAAAUUUUGAGGUUUGUGUUUAGGUUGUAGGUAACUUUCUCCUUGCCGGUGUUGAUCUGCUAGUUUGCACCUGUCCGUUUCUUAGCCGUGAGCGUCCUAUGCUUUUAGCUUUUAUUGUAACUAAUGAAGAAAGCUAGUGGAAAGUAUGCAUUUACAUGCUUUUAUAUGUAGUUUUUGGUUCACAGAAACAAGGCAGUUUUAACUAUAUAUAUAUAUAUAUAUAGUAGCUUAAUGUUAUUUAUUCAUCUUAAUUUACUUUUACAUCUAUAAUUAAAAUUUUAAAGUUACAUUAUAAUUUUGAGUAUAUUUUUAGAAUGUCCCUGUAUAGUUUGUUAAGGACGUCUGAGCACUCAUAUAACAAUAGCUCACGUUUCCAUGUGUAAGGAGAGGCUAAAGUUCCAUAGAAAGCACAGAACUGUUCACUUGUGUGUCUCCACUUGUAAAAAGCACAAAACCUGAUAGCAUUCUCAUUAAACCACAAGUGCAAGUCAUAAACCCACCAAGCCGUUGUCCCAGGGUUGUCAGGACGACCACAGUACCAAAAGGCUGGACAGGGAGACUGCUGUCACAGCCGGGUCCUGAGAGGUGAGUCUUGCGUUCUCACUGUUUGUGCUGCUCUGAUGGGGAGAGCAGCUGCUUAUAUUUGGGGUUUUUAGGGAAAAUCAGAUUGUGGGCACAGACCCACAAUCUGAAAUCAACUGGGACAGUGGGGUUUCUGGUGGGCAGGCAGGUAACAGCUUUGUGAGUCGUAGUCAUUGGAAUGCUAAAGUCUCAUCUAGAAGAAGUGUUAGUUUUCGACACUCAGUAGUGCAGAUACUAUAUUGAUCUUGCAUAGGGUUGCAUGAGGUACCGUUAGCGUUGUGUUCUUUAUGUGCUUAACUGUACUUUUUAGUAGAGAGUUGGAUCUCUGUGUUCCGAACAUCAGACUAUUUCUGGACAGACUCUAUAUGACAUCGCUUUUCCUAAUAGUACUGAAAAUUUUUUAAUGUGCUCUGUUAGCUCCUCAAGACUAGACGAGUGGAAAGCUGUGGUGUGCAUGCAGAAGUAAAAGUGCACUUCCUCCCCUCAGCAUUGCCCUUUCCCCUGCUUUGCUUUACUUCCAAUAGUCCCAUGGUUACCAAGAGUGAAAAUGAGCCGUCUAGUUAUGGCUACAUCUUCAGAUACAGCUCUCAGAGGAAAGAGAGCGCCUCCUUUGUUUGAAUGUUUUUCUUCCUAGGGAAACCUUAUAACAAAGACUGUAGAUGACAUAGACUAAUGUGACCUAAAAAAAAAAAAAAAGACAAAGUCCUGUUAUGUGGUAUAUAUUAGAAGAGUUCACAUGAACUUGGAUGGUGAGAUUUCUCCCGUGUGUGCACCUAUGGUGGCAUUGUACAACAGGUAACCUGGAGGUUGCAGGGAGGUGCGGGUGGGGAGCUGAGGGAAAGGCUGUAAGGAAUGUCCUUGACUAGCAAUAUGUGACAAUGUAGAGCAGUUAACCUUUGACCUAUGUAUUCUGUACCUUUAAGAGAGUUUAAUACAACUUUUGAAAUGCUUUUCAAAAUUUCUUUGGCACAAAUGAUUUUCAUUUAUAAUUUCAUGGAAAGAAAAGUAGUCAUGGUGUAAAUAUGUAUAAUUUCCUGAUUUCACUGUGAGAACUCAGACUGUUGAGUGGCAAACAGAUCACCACUCAUGGGCUGCUCUGCGGGGUUAUUAAGAUGUAAAAGCUUUAUUGUUGUUACUGUUAUUUUUAAACAGUGGCGUACUGCAUUAGUGUCUGAGGACGGUGUGGAGCCGCUCCUCUGCCACCCUCGCCAUUCUUGCUUCAGUCUGUGAGCACCUGCCAAGUUCUGACCCAGCAGGGGCUUGUCUGUCCCUGUGUGGACGCCGUUCUUUGUCUGGAACUGUUGGUAAUCACCAUAUGAACUGGUAGGCUUUUCCGCUUUGCUUUUCUUUUUUGACAAAAUGGGUAUCAAAAAUAGUUGCUGUGCAAAAGUUAGUAGUCUUCUUCAAGAAGAGCAAUUCUUUUUCUAAUAAUAUCCUGUGAAAUUGCUUCAUUCAUUCCUUGAUUUCUAAGCCAAAUGCCAGCGGAACACUGCUGCUUGUAUCUAAAGAAUUUUGAUAUGUAAGUGUUAAUGCAUUUGAAAAGAUGUCUGCUUUGAGAAAUGUUUUCCCAAUGUACUGCCUGUGGGAACUUUGUCCACACUCCUGGUUCAGAGACCAGUCAGUCCACUGGACUGUGCAUUAUGUACAUGGAUCAUUUUCAUCUGGUAUUGUAGACCAAAUAUGGCUAUAAUGGAAUUUGUGAACAUUAAUUUGUUAUUGGUUAGCUUUUAAUUAUUUCCAGUUCACUCUCUGUUGUUUUCAAGUUCGACUAAUAAGGUCCGUUUCAUUGUAUAAAGCUUUAGUUUCAAAGAACUCAGAAUUUUUUUCUAUCUUGAAAAGAAAACCGUUAAACUGUAAAUUUAAAGCUGUUAGCUACUUGUGACAGUUCUAACUUGCCUAUACUGUGUACAACUGAUUUUUACAAUUGUAGACUUGUAUGAUCUUGGUUUACUGUGUUGUGUUACUGUUGUUUAAAAAUGGCAAAAAAAGAAGCCAAUCUGCUAAAGAGCCGUCAGUCUUUGCUGCUGACUGCAAGCCCUCUGUUCUUUGUGUACUUGUGUUAUUUUGCCAGCUGCUGCAUUAGCCUUUAGAAGUAUUUGAAAACUUAAGAUGAAUACAUUUCUCGCGAAGUCCGUUCCUUUCUGUGGUAUUUUGUCCUGUAGCUGAAGUGUAGUAAUUAUUUUAUGGUAAUGUUAGCCUUUCUGUACAAACUUUGAAUAAAAUGAAAACUUUA